CGCUUCUUUCCUUUCUCUCACAACUUACUAAUCCGCAGAAUAUGGCGUUCUGGCUCAACAGUUUUGUCUACGCCCUUUCUUUACUCUGUCUCGUCAAAGUGUGGAAUGCAUACCAGACUUACGUGAAGCUGAAAGCGAUCCCUACCGUUGGCCCAUCCGGAUUUAUAUCGUCAUGGAUCGGUGCAUUCAGGUUUCUGUUUCACGGAAGGGAAAUUAUUCAAGAGGGAUAUAGCAAGUAUCGCGGGUCCGCCUUCAAGGUGCCUCUUGUCGAUCGUUGGAUGGUAAUCGUGAGCGGUGACCAGCACAUCGAUGAUAUGAGGAAAGCCCUUCCCGAUCACCUUUCGUUCCUGGACGAAAUAGAGAAUACAUUGCAAACGACGUACACCUUGGGAAGCAGCCUCCACUCGGACCCCUAUCACAUCGACGUUGUACGGAGUGCGUUGACAAGGAAUAUUGCAGCUUGCUUCCCGGUCGUUCGUGAUGAGAUUGAAGCCUCCUUCAAGGAUGAGAUACCAGAGGCGGAAGAUUGGAAAAAGGUUCCCGCCUACUCGUCCAUCUUGCAGAUUGUUUGUAGAACCACGAACCGAUUGUUCGUUGGUCUUCCGCUCUGUCGAAAUCCUGAAUACAGAGCACUUAACAUUGAACAUACCAUACAAGUCGUAACUUCUGCUCAAGCAAUCAACGCCUUUCCUGAGUUUCUAAAACCACUCGUCGCCAAUUUCUUUACGCCUAUAUCUCGCAGUAUGCGCAAGGCCGAGAAGCACUUGGGUCCGAUCAUAAGAGACCGCUUAGAGAAGGAGAAUGAAUAUGGUAGAGACUGGCCCGGAAAGCCUAAUGAUCUUCUAUCAUGGCUUAUCGAAGUGGCUUACGGAGGGGAAAGACGCACCGUCCGUGACUUAACCAACCGUGUUCUUGCUUUGAAUUUCGCUGCUAUCCACACAACAUCAAUGGGAUUUAUUAAUGCAUUAUAUUGUCUGGCUGCACAUCCUGAAUGUGCUCGACCACUUCGAGAGGAGAUUGAGGCUGUUAUCAAAACAGAUGGCUGGACGAAACAAGCAAUGGGGAAAAUGCGAAAACUGGAUAGCUUUCUUCAAGAGGCACAGAGGAUAUAUGGAGUAGGCGCAUUGGGAAUGGGUCGCACAGUCCGGAAAGACUUCUCCUUUUCAGACGGGACUGUAGUUCCUGCUGGGGCCCACGUGUCCGUUGCUGCCUUCGCCACUCAUAUUGAUGCGGAUAACUAUGAAGAUCCUUAUGAGUUCAAGCCCUGGAGGUUCUCUGAGAUGAGGGAACAAGAGGGUGAAAGCAUACGCCACCAAAUGGUUACCCCCAGGCUUGACUAUAUUCUCUUCGGCGUCGGACGCACAGCCUGUCCUGGCCGCUUCUUUGCAGUCAAUGAACUGAAAACCUUGUUGUCACACGUUCUUCUGAAUUACGACGUGAAGAUGGAGAAGCCUGGCCAAGUCCCACCACCAGGCUGGUUUGGCUCUGCGCAACUACCAAACACAAAGGCCAAAGUGAUGUUCAGGAAACGUAAAUUCUCAUAAAUUCCUUACUAUCAAAUCAAGAUUGGUCACCUUUACGACCUGCCUUUUUAUGCCGCUGGAAUGUACUUGAUUGGAUGUGGAUCGAUUUUAAUACCUGUGAUACUUACAUUACGGAGAAUCGAAAUCCGCUUGACGAGAAAAACAUUGGCUAUCUAGGUGAUAGUGGAGAUUCCGGUAGUCAUCGCUAGAAGGACAAUGGUAGACGAUUUUUGUUUCAUC